CAUUCUCAUACUAUUUUCUUGGGAAAUAAAACCUUAAACACGUAGAUGUGUAAAGAGAAAAGCCACCGUUUAAGUGAACAUAAAGCAAGAGAGCGAGCGAAAGAGAGGCAUAAAAAUAUAUAAUAGUGAAUAUCUUAGAUGCUUUAAAAUGAAACGCCAAGCAAUAGAUGUGAAUACGAUUAGCCAUUUACUAGUUUUUAUGAAACAAGAGGAAAGCGUUUGAGUGAAGGGAACGAUUGAAAAAUAUUGGAUUGCUAGCAUUGUCCAUAAGCAACUACAUAUAAUCACAUCUUUUUGAAUUUCGUGCUGAAAGAACAAGUCAUCCUUUUGAGGCUAUUCUUGUAAGCAUCUUCUUUUUCUUUUAAAAAUGGAAACUAAAUAAUAAGUCACCGAUUAAUAGGCGACAUAUUCCUAUUUCUACCAAAAGGCAUCAUUUUGAUCCCCUAUAUUUGUAGACUUCUCACGGCCGCAAAAGUGAAGGUGGAAAGCUGAAUUGUGACACAAAUAUUCCUUGGUUGAUUAAGAAGCCGAUGCUAUAAAUGAGUAACUAACGAAAUCUCGAAAAAAACAAUUAUUAUUUCAUUCCUUCUAAGACUUACAAUUCUGUGUAGAAAUUUCGAAAAACUUGGUAUCUAAACGUUCAUCAAAUCCACCUUAACGCUUGUUCCGAAAAUGGUCUCGAUUGGUUUCCUAAUACGCUUCAGUUACGAUGUUAUUUUAAUUCCAAUUUAUUUCCAAUUCAUUUGCCAUCUAUUCUAACACACUCUAGCAUUUUUUCCACCUAAUUGCAAAUAAAUAUAAAUGCAAAAAUCUUGACAGCAUUAAGAAGAACAUCACAUGCGAGUUGUUCUUUUUCUUCUUUUAGUUUUGUGCACCUGAUGUGCUCUGUGAAAACAGCCUUUAAUCCGUCCGUCACUUAUAAAAAUCUUGGUUUUCCUGAGAAAAUUUAGUGAAGUGGGCAAACGAUUAACGUAAAUUUGAAACAAAAGGAACAGAAAUCAAGUCGCAAGUACUCUUUGCAUGAAAAGGAUUGAAACACUUAGCGUAAUAGAAAGUCUGCAGUGCAUUGCAAGGAUUUGGGAAUGAAAGUAAAAUUAAAGAGAGAUUACGUCGUUUUAUCCUUGUGAGCUUCGUUAGAACAUUAAAAACUUUAAAAUUCGUAGUACCCUUCCAAGUGAAUUUGAGUUGCAAUAGUAUAAUUUUUUUCUCUGAUAUAUUGCAUAAAGAAGCCACCUCUCAGAGUCAUCCGAUUUUCUGGAAAAUAUGCCAAAAACUUAAGGUCAGUGUUAAGGCUUCUGGGUGCAUCCGCAAUAUUCUUUCCGAUUCUCUUCGAAGCUGCGCUAUUGUUGUAAGAUAUCGCUACAAAUGUCGCAAUAUCACUUCAAAAGAAGGAACUACGAAAUCUCCGCUUGUCAUCCAACGAAAUGUUCUUUAAGAUCUUAUAUGGAUGCAGGAUUGACGUGAAUAGAUUUUAUUAUAUUUUCCUACAUCUCCGACCAUUUGAAUAUACAUUAAGCUCAAAAAAAAGCCAAAUCACUUAUUAACUUUUGGAUAAUUAAUGUAAACAGAGAUAAGCGAAGAGAAAAAUGAAAUUCUACUCAUUAUUUGUGUAAGAGACUGCCGCUCGUUAACUUGACUUUUUAUUCGACUCAGAGAACUUUUACAUGGAAAAUAUUCAACAGUGUCGGGUGGCGUUUUAGACUUUGCAAGUCAAACAAACAAUUGUGUUCGCCUAAUCACUUCAAACAUUCCAUAAUGAAAAAUGAAUUAAUUGAAAUCGCAUCUUCGCAAUGGGGAAAGCUACGUGAUCUAUAUGCGAACAAAAGAAUUUACUCUUGUUCUUACAAUUUGCUACAAACCUUAAUCGAUUGCGUGAAACAAACUGAAAAUUUUGAAGUUGCAAUAUAUGCUCUAAACGAUGAGUGGGAAACUGAUGGAACAUUCAUCGCCAAGUUUUCUAAUGGAUUUUAUUGCAAUACAUUAAGUGAUAACUUUCAACGUUUAUUAGAGGCUUUAAAUUGCUUGGAUAAUACACAAGAGUAUUGGGUGUCGGGCUGUCAAGAGCGUUGCACUUUAACGGUAAAACAACAUUUUUUAUCAUGCGGUCUAUUGGAGGAAGAAUUCAGACCGGAGGGUACCUUUUGGUAUCACUUACCAAUAAAUGAAGCUUUGGCAUUUAAAGUUGAGUAAGUGAAAGGGAAAACCCUUGAGU